UCCCGCGUAAAAUCACCUAACGAAAAUGAAUGUUGGUUUUCCGUUGAAAAAUGUUGAUAUGAAUUUACAGACUGUUUCUACAGUUGUGUGUAGCAGUGAUUCUACUUCUGAUGAUGAUGUUGUGCCUGUGAGAAAGACUCGGUCAAGAACUAUCAGGAGAGGCCUUUCUUGUAAUAAAACUCAAACAGAAACCAAAACUGUGUCGAAGCCUGUCCCAGAGGUUUCACUGUACUCUACUCGUGUCAUAAAGUGUCUACAAGACUGCAAGGCAGGGAAAAUUCACAUUGACCUUGAAGAAGAUGAUACAGAAGAAAGUUUACCAAAAACAAAGGUUGUGUCAUCUAACUCCAUUUCCAGUAAUGAAAGUACAGAUGAUGAUCUACAGUUGAUACAGAAAAUUUCCAAUGUCCCCACCAGAACAUCCCAGUCACCCUCUCCACCACCACCUCCCAGGAUUGUUCGUGAAAAGAAACGAACCAAAAAGAUGAAAACCGCCAUUAAAAAACUUGAUGCUGCAAGAAAUAUUCUUCAAGGAUCAGUUGUUGAAGACAAUGAUGACGACGAUGAUGUAGUUUUGUUAGAGGAAAGUCCUGUUCAGGAAAAACAAAACAUGGUUGUCAUGGUGCGGUAUAAAGAAACUGUUCACAGGUUUCCCAUGAAAAGGUGGGAUCCAUUCUGCUACACCAUGGCUAAACUGGCCGAGGUUUUACACGUCCCUCAAAACCAGGUUGUUCUGCUGCUGAAGGACAAAACUGUAUCGAGUUCAGACACACCUGCAUCUGUGAAUUUACACAUAGCCGAUAUUAUUGAUUGCCAUGUGUAUGCAGCCAAACCUUUAGAGCCGGAAGAUGACGAGGCAGAAAUUUCCGAUCCGGAUAUCAUUUCUCUUUGUGUGCAGUGUCUCAGUUCCAAGUCCAGAGUUACAGUCAGCACAAAUAGGUAUCAGCCACUUAGAACCUUGAUGGUGAAAUUUGCCGUGAUGAAGAAAAUUGAGCUGUCAUAUCUGCGGUUUCAGUUUGAUGGAGAAGACCUCCUACCUUCUGCCACUCCAGAAAGUCUUGACAUGGAAGAUGGAGACUGUAUUGACGCUAUCGAGUUAUAGUACUUGUUUUUAUCAGAACACAAAUAUUUAUGCAACACAACUGUUUAUUGGUCACCUACUGAUUCAAACGGAGGGGACUAUAGAUUUUGUUUCCAUCUGUCUGUCUGUCCGUCCCAUAUAUAAUCUUCCAGACUUUUUUUUUUUGCAAUGUCUGAAACUGAAAUUUUGUGUAUAGCUUUAUCAGGUACAAUUACAGAUCAAGAUCGACUUUUAUGAUGAUUUACACAUUUUUGACAGAGUUACGGCCCUUGAACUUAGUUGAUACCAAAAUGUAUUUGUUGCGCCCGGAAGAGGACAUGUAUUGCUUUAGCAGUACUUUCAGAAUUUUUUUUAUCAAUAGAUGGUGCUCACAAGAGGAACCAGUAAAUAUCAGUAUUGUUGCCCAGGGCCAGUCAUAGGAGUGAGGUAGGGUAGCAGAAUUGAAUAAGUUUCUUCGGGUAAAUUGGAUUCAAAGGAUCCUGCUUUCAGCUCUAGCACAGGGGAAGCUGCCUGGCUAUCAUAAACACUUGAGGCAUGUUCAGAAGGCUAGAGAUCGCGGUUGCUCGCUAGACUGGUUUUUGCAUCUAAAGUUAGAUGAAUGUGGUGAUAGAGAAUGUUGGUACCGGUCAAGUAGUUUGUGAGCUCUCAGUUUCCAGAAUAUGCCAUUGGCUUCUUGUUGCUGCUGCCUACAAGGCCAAAUAUUUAAUACAUUAACAAAACACUCAUUUUUGAUUCUCUUUAUACAGUGUAUUUAAUGUUCAGUGAAACCUGCUGUAGCAGUUGACAGUGCUGUGUUAAAGACAGGGUUGCAUGGACAGUUGACAUUAAUGUGAAACAAAAUAUAUACCGACCUCAUUAAAGUGGUCAUGUUAGCAAAUUUGUCAUGAGUUAUCUCCCUUGCCAUAAUGACCACAAAUACUGGACCUGUUUUUCAAAGCUAUCUAAGCGCUACGAAAUCGUGACCUCAUAGCCUUCGAUGGUUUUACGAUUUUCUAUCAUUAUAAUGAGUUCCGACUAUAUUUAAUUUGAUCUGACAAGUACUUUAUUCAACCAGCUUGCAUAGUUGUCACAUCCCACUUACUAAUAUUUUGCUGGAUACUUGAAUUGUUUACUUAACCAUAAUUUAUGAUUUUUUUUAAUGACUUAAUUUAUUCAAGUUAAGCUGUCUUACUUGUAAACUUUCACAAUAGGCUGUUAACAAGUUUGACUACUAGUAAUACAGACCAGGGCCAGUGCUGUCUAGACUUAAAAAAAUGUCCUGUGUCACAUGUAUGCAGUUUGUAGAGCAUUGUCUUUCCGAUAAAAUCUCAGAUUGUGCUAGUGUCGAAUCUAAACUUUUAUAAGAACAAGGCCUGGACAUAUAAUAUCUCCUUCCCAUGUAUAUACAGACAAUGACAUAUUACUAAUUAGCUUAAAACCACAAUAUUGGAUAUAUAUUUUUUUUUUAAAUACAUUAUAAAUCUUCUUUUUUUUCUUCCAGUGAUGUAACAUUCUAGGAUUUUCAUUGAUUAUUAUGUGUAAUCUAGAUCACAUACAAAGAAGAUUUCUCUCUCAGUUGUACAUAGAUUAAAAAUGGCAAUACGACUUGAUUUCAAUGCAGUUGAUAAUGCUGUUCAUAUCAAUGAAGUCACAUAUUUGUUAGGGUUUUAUUUGUAUUUUCUAUUGAAAUGUGUUCAAUGAUGGGGAGGUGAUAUUGGGAAUGUAAUUUCAAGGUAUUGAGGAUUAAAUAGAAGAAAUUGUUUAAUUUGGAACUGUUUCAUUAAUUGAAUUUGAAUAAGGAGAGUGUCUCAUCAGAUUUUAAUAGUGCCACUUUGAUAGACACAAUUUCACUGCUAAUGUCAGUGACACCCUCUUAACAUGGGUACUAAUUAGGAGAUAACCAUAUGGAGUUUAGAUUUGCAGAUGUUAUUGUCUAUUUGAUCCCACAAAUGUCACUUUUGACUAAAAGCGUUGGCCUGAGGUCAAAAAUGAAAUAUUUGCGGGCAUCAAAUACACAAUAAUAACACCCGUAAAUCUCAAAACUCAAUAUGGUUAUGUCCAUUGUAAACUGAAUCAUUUUUCUAUGGAACU